AUGACAUUGGUGAAAAGCAUUGCAGAGGAGUGGGUCAUAGACCCUUUUCAAAGACUCAAGUGGGGAUUUAUUCCCACGAGAAGAAUAGUGGAUGAAUCAGAUCUAGUGAUGCACAAUGAAAGCUCGGAAUCUGAAUUAGAGGCAGAGAAAGAGCCUUCCAGAGUAUUGAGCGGUUCCGGAUCUGACAAAGUCUCCGAUAUCAAAAUCGAGCAGCAUGCGCACGAAGAAGAAGAACAAUUAGAAUACAGAGACGAGGCCAACCGCAAAUGGUGGGCGUUUUUCAAUGAACAAGAAUAUCGUGUCAAUAACAAGCAAGCUAGUCGCUCAAAAUGGUGGCAGUGGUUCGGAAGCGGUGUGUCGCCGCAGGAAAGAAAGCUGCUGCUCAAGUUGGACAUUUUGCUGGCAUUCUACUCAUGCAUGGCCUACUGGGUCAAAUACCUGGAUUUUUCGAACCUGAACAACGCAUUUGUCUCUGGUAUGCGUGAAGAACUCGGGUUUAAGGGUAAUCAGCUUGUGCACACACAGGUUAUGUUCACAAUCGGCAACAUCGUGUUCCAGCUACCCAUGAUCUUCAUCCUUAACAAAGUUCCCCUCAACUUUUUGUUGCCCAUACUCGACAUCUGUUGGUCCGUGCUCACCAUCGGGAGCUCCAAAGUCAACUCUGUGUCACAUUUGAAGGCCAUUCGGUUUUUUAUUGGUGUCUUUGAAGCCCCCGCAUAUUUGGCCUAUCAGUACCUGUUUGGUUCGUUUUACAAGCACGACGAAAUGGUACGUCGUUCUGCAUUUUACUACUUCGGCCAGUACGCAGGUAUCAUGUCUGCGGGUGGUAUUCAAUCUUCCGUUUACUCAAUUCUAGAUGGCAGAGGCGGUCUUUCCGGUUGGAGAUGGAACUUCAUUAUCGACGGUAUAAUUUCCCUAGUUGUUGGCAUCAUCGGAUUCUACGCUUUGCCAGGAGACCCUUACAACUGCUAUUCUAUUUUCCUGACAGACGAUGAGAUCAGAUUGGCGCGUAAAAGAUUGAAGCAAAACAACACUCAGAAAGCAGACUUCUCAUCUAGAUUCUUUGAUAAGAAGGUUUGGGUGCGCAUCUUGACUGACUGGAAAAUCUACGUUCUUACCUUGUGGAAUAUCUUCUGCUGGAACAAUAAUAACGGUUCAUCAGGCGCUUACCUGUUGUGGUUAAAAUCUCUAAAGAAGUAUUCUAUUCCAGAACUCAACAGGCUCAGUAUGAUAACUCCUGCCCUCGGUAUGAUCUAUUUGGCCAGUACAGGUGUAUUUGCUGAUAAGCUUCGUAGCAGAUGGGGUGCCAUUGUUGUUACUCAGGUUUUCAACUUUAUUGGAAACGUCAUUCUCGCUGCCUGGGAUGUUCCCCAGGGCGCUAAAUGGUUUGCUUUCAUGCUUCAAUACUUCGGAUGGGCAAUGGCUCCUGUCUUGUAUUCUUGGCAAAAUGAUAUCUGUCGUCGCGAUGCGGAAGCUAGAUCUGUCAUUCUGGUUAUCAUGAACAUGUUGGCUCAAACCACGACCGCCUUCAUGUCCGUGCUAGUUUUCAAGACCGUUGAGGCGCCAAGGUUCUUGAAGGGUUAUGCUUGGACCGCCGUUUCUGCAUUCUGUCUGUCACUUUGGACUUUAGUGGUACUAUGGUUCUACAAACGUGAAGAAAAACAGAAUGCCAAAGCAAACGGCAUUGUUCUGUACAAUUCCAAAAAAGACGAAGCCCAUCCUUUGGAGUCCCCAGUCGCAUAG